GUUGAUGCACGACCAAUUUCUGUCAAGAUCCAAUUCUUUAGUGAACAGGACACCAUGGCGACCAGCAAAGCGAUUGAUACUGACAUCCUCAUCGUAGGCGGAGGAUUCGGUGGUGUGUAUGCAGUAUGGCGAUUACGGGCUGAAGGUUUCAAAAUCCAUCUGUUCGAAGGCACUCCGCGGCUAGGCGGUGUAUGGAGCAACAACACCUAUCCCGGAGCUCGAGUCGACUCGGAGUUUCCCUUUUAUCAGCUUUCAAUCCCUGAAGUAUACAAGACAUGGACCUGGUCCGAACGGUUUCCCGGGUGGCAGGAAUUGCAAGGAUACUUCGACCAUGUUGACAAAGUUCUCAGCAUUGGCAAAGACUGCACGUUCAAUGCACGGGUAAACAAGGCCACUUUCGAUACCGAGCUCGGUCGCUGGACAGUACAGACUGAACAAGGCCAUGUGGCUACCUGCAAGCACCUUUUGCUGUGUACGGGCUCGACUUACAAGCAACAUAUGCCAACAUGGGAGGGCCUCGACCAAUACACUGGAACGCUAUUACACUCUAGCAAGUGGCCGAAGGAAGGCGUGGACAUACAUGGCAAACGAGUUGCAGUCGUUGGAAGUGGCUCAACAGCUCUGCAGAUCGUGCCGGAGAUGGCAAGAGAAGCUAAACAGCUCGUGGCCUUAAUCCGUACGCCAAACAUGGCACUUCCUAUGAGACAGCGGAAACUCUCUUUGGAGGAGCAGGAUUCGCUCAAGGGGAUUUUGAACAGCGUGCUGAGGACCGCUGCUCGAAAUUCAUUCAGCGGAUUCCCAUACAAUCCACCACCUGUUCCAUCACCGCAGAUGCUAUCGGAAGAGGAAAGAGAAAAGUUUCUCGAAGAGCUAUAUCAACGCGGCGGCUUCAACUUUGCAGGUGGAAACUUUUCCUCUGCUUUGGUCGAUCAUAAAGACAACCGCAUGGUAUACGACUACUGGGCCCGGAAAACGCGUGCGCGAAUCCAGGACCCAGUGAAGCGAGAUAUCCUCGCGCCUCUCGAGCCACCACAUCCCAUCAUAGCGAAAAGGAAUGGUCUUGAGCAGGAUUACUACGAGGUGUGCGAUCAGGAUCAUGUCAGAAUUGUGGAUCUGAAAGCGACGCCUAUUGAGACCUUUACAAAGGCAGGCUUGCAAGUUGGAGGGGAAGAGAUACCACUUGAUAUCAUCGUACUGGCGACAGGCUUCGACAAUUACACAGGCGCAUUCUCUACCAUGGGCAUCGAAGGAACUGAUGGAAAAACAUUGAUGGAUCAGUGGAAGGAUGGUGUUCGAACGCAUCUGGGUUUGGCGGCUCCUCGUUAUCCUAAUAUGUGGAUGGUAUACGGGCCUCAAGCGCCAACUGCAUUAGGUAACGGACCGACGAUAGUUGAGGUUCAGGUCGACAUCGUUGUGGACAUGAUCAAAAAGGUGCGGGAGGAAAAGAUCAAGUACCUUGAUGCCACCCCUGAAGCGGCACAAGCAUGGGCAGAUGACAUUGCAGUAACGAGCAAGAUGUUGGUGUUCGAGGAUGCGGACAGCUGGUACAUGGGCGCAAACAUUCCUGGGAAGAAGAGAGAGAUGUUGAAUUAUCUGAAAGGCUUGGUCGAACUGUCCAAGGAAGCUGAAGGCCAAGGUCUGGAACUAAUCACCGUCGUGAUGGAUAAGACCGAGGACUGCGACUUCCCUGCGAUUGAUACACCACUGGGCCAGCAUAGCGAUGGCUCGUUCCCCAGUGCUUUCGGGGAACAGGCACUUCUAGCAGCCAAAAAUCUCCUCGACGUGGUCAGAGCAGCUGGCACCUCAGCCAAGGACAUUAUGAAGCUGACGUUCUACAUCGUCGACUGGAGCGAGAACAUGCAUGAGGAACUGUUUGGUGCUCUCUCGCUACUUGCAAUUAGCGACGGUGGGACUCCCCUGCAACCCACCACGGCUCUCAUUCCAGUCCCGAGACUUGCUUUCUCGGAAGCCAAGUUCGAGAUCGAAGCAGUGGUUGGUCUCAGCGUCAUGCUCUUGGAAGCCAAGCAUCGCAUCGGCGGCCGGAGUCGCACGCAGAAGCUGAGAAGUGGCCCUGGACUUGUGGAACUGGGUGCGAUGUGGAUUAAGAAGGUCACACAACCAACCGUUUAUGAGCUGACGAGGCGUUUUGGACUCGACUGCAAGGACCAAUACCUUCAGGGUGGUGUGAUAUGGGAGCUGCAUGACGGGAGUUUUGUACGGGCCAGUACGAACCUGCCAGAGAUUGGAAACCCAGAGAUGGCGGAGAGACUUCGCAAGCUCGUGAAAACCUUAACCCUGGCCGCAGAGGAGACAAAUAUCCACAACCUUGAAUCGUUUCCCAAAGAGGAAGACAUCAGUGUUUCGGAUUGGUUGACUACGAAAGGUCUGUAUAACGAUGCUUUACUCCAGGGCCUUGCAAGGUUCCUCACCACGGCAUGGGUUGGUCGCGAACCCCACGAGUGUGGGAUCCAUUAUAUCCUGGACUACGUCAAGUCAGCCGGCGGCCUCGCGAGCAUCAAUACCCAUGGUCCAGGGGGAGCGCAAGCAUUAAAGAUCAAACAAGGAACAUCCGCUAUUGCGACUGCGUUAGCAGGUGCUAUUGAGCCCGGAUCUGUACAGAUCAAUGCUCCGGUUGACAGCAUCACGCAGUACGGGGAUAUCUGCGAAGUAACCACUUCAAACGGAACCAGAUAUCAGGCAAAGAAGGUCAUCCUUGCCAUUCCCACCAACACAUAUACAAAUAUUCGAUUCAGCCCUCCGCUGCCCCAUUCGAAGAGAGCCCUCGUAACGCGUACGAAGCCUGGUAUUUAUGCGAAGAUCAUUGUAACGUAUACGUCGUCGUGGUGGAAAGACGCAGGGCUACAGGGCAAGUUUAUGUCCAUGAAGGGCCCCAUCUGCUUCUCUUGGGAUAUCAGCGACGAUGCGACAAAGCAGUACUCGCUUGCUUUGUUUGUUGCUGGUAAUACCGCCGCAGCUUGGCACCAAUUGAGCGAGCUGAGUCGUGAGGAGGCGCUCAUCGACCACCUAGUUUCCUUUGUCGGACCUGAACUAGCUGACAAAGCGCGAGACGGCCUCGAGGUGAAUGCUGUCGAAUGGACCAAGGAGCCGUAUCUUGAUGGUGCACCUACUAGUGCUAUGGGACCGGGGAUGUUGAGGACCCAUGGCCGAGCGCUACGCGAGCCAUUUGGAAACCUGCAUUUCGCAGGUGGUGAGACCGCAUACGAGUGGAAGGGCUAUCUAGAAGGUGCUAUCACAGCUGGGAAGCGUGGCGCAGAAGAAGUGGUAAAAGCCCUGAAGGACUAA